AGACAGUCACAGAACAGAAGCUUAAACGACAUUAAAAACCGAGCUGUGGUAAAGGAGGUCAAGGGAUGUCAAUGUCGUUUUCAGCUGUCUCAUUGCCAUCCUCAGCUUCAAGGCCACCAAGCAAUCUCUGCUUCACUGCUUACCAAUUCUCUUUUGGGGCUCCAGCAAACUUCUUCCGUUCUGGAUCAGGUGGGCGAGUUGUGCUCCAUGGAGGGCCUCACCAUUUCUGCCGAAAAUUUUGUGGCUUAAAACGAUGGAUACUAGAAAACCUACACAGUCAACAUCAUAAGAUGAAAAUUGGACCUACAAAUGAGUAUAAGAGCAUAAAAAAUGAAGUCAAAGAUCACUUAACGGAUCAUUCUUAUUCGACUUUAUCACAUGAAGAUUCUACUUGUGUCUCCGCAGAUUCCAAUGAUCGAACUACAAAAAUAACUUUGCAACUUGAAGAAAGUUCUUUGCCAAGUUCCAAACCACAUGAUUCUGUAACAGGGCCUACUACUUCUUUAGAAUCUCCUUCCAUACCACAAACACAUUCCUCCGAGUUUCUCAUUGAGGGUGGUGCAGAAGCCUCACUCUGUAUUGCGGUCAUAGGAGCAACUGGCGAACUGGCGAGGGGAAAAAUUUUCCCGGCACUUUUUGCUCUGUAUUACAGCGGCUUUCUUCCAGAGAAUGUUAGUAUAUUUGGUUAUUCAAGAAAGGAUAUGACAGAUGAAGACCUGAGAUCCAUGAUUGCGUCAACUUUGACUUGUCGUAUCGACCAUCAAGAAAACUGUGGAAACAAAAUGGAUGUCUUCCUUAGUCGAACACACUACAUUAAUGGAGGCUAUGACAACAGAGAAGGGAUGUCAAAGCUCAAUGUGCUGAUGCAGCAGUUCGAGGGAAAAUCUGAAGCAAACCGGAUAUUUUACCUUUCUGUGCCGCAAGAAGCACUUAUAAAUGUUGCGUGUUCACUCGCUGAUAAUGCGCAAACCCUGAAGGGCUGGAAUCGUGUAAUUGUUGAGAAACCUUUUGGCUUUGAUGUAUUAUCAUCUCAUCGGUUGACGCAGUCUCUUCUUUCAAAGUUUGAAGAAAAACAAAUCUACAGGAUUGAUCAUCUUUUAGGAAGGAACCUUAUCGAAAAUCUCACAGUUUUAAGGUUUGCUAAUCUAGUAUUUGAGCCGCUGUGGAGCCGUACAUACAUACGCAAUGUACAGGUCAUUUUAUCAGAAGACUUGGGUGUCCAAGCGGGAAAGUACUUUGAUGGUUACGGCAUCAUUCGUGACAUAGUACACAGUCAUAUACUUCAAACAAUAGCAUUGCUUGCCAUGGAACCACCAAUAAGUCUGGAUGGGGAAGAUAUACGAAAUGAAAAGGCCAAACUUUUGAGAUCAGUUCGGAAAUUGGAACCUAGUGAUGUUAUUCUUGGUCAAUAUAAAGGAAGUACUAAGGAUGAGGUUGAUGUUUAUAUGAACAGCCUGACGCCCACAUACUUCGCUGCUGCAUUGUACAUUGACAAUGCACGUUGGGAUGGCGUACCUUUCCUGAUCAAAGCUGGCAUGGGACUCAUCCAACACAGAGUGGAGAUACGUAUACAGUUUCGUCACGUUCCAGGAAAUCUUUAUCGUGAGCGUAUGGGGCACAAUAUUGACCGUGCUACCAAUGAGCUGAUUCUGCGUGAUACCCCUGAUGAGGCCAUCCUAGUCAGAGUUAACAAUAAGAUUCCGGGAUUGGGGUUGCAGUUGGAUUCUCCGGAACUGAAUUUGCUCUACAAGGACAAGUAUAAUGUGGAAGUGCCUGAUUCAUAUGAGCAUCUCCUUCUUGAUGUCAUUGACGGAGACAACCACCUCUUUCUGAGAAGCGACGAGCUUGCUGCUGCGUGGAACAUUCUAACUCCAGUUUUGAAUGAGAUAGACAAGAAAAAUAUAGCACCGGAGCUGUACCAGUUUGGGGGUCGAGGUCCGGUUGGAGCUUACUAUCUCUGGGCAAAACAUGGGGUUCCGUGGGCUGAGGACUAGCAACCUAGAACUUCUGUUGGUCUUUUCCUCUUGAACAAACACAUUAUUGGCAUUGGAAUUUUUUUUGGAUUUUUUCUUCACCUUGUGGUAUUUACCUUCA